AUGGACCCCUUGCUGGAGAAACAAGAAGAAAUGGUCCAGGCAGCAAUAUUAUACCCUCUGGAAUGUUAUUUGUUUGGGGAAGACCCAGAUACAUUCCUGGAGAAACUACAACAGAGUGGAACCUCCCAGCUCUGUGGGAAGGUGUUCAAAGGAGGGGAGACAACAUACUCUUGCAGAGACUGUGCAGUUGAUCCAACCUGUGUACUCUGUAUGGACUGCUUCCAGAAUAGCAUUCACAAGAACCAUCGGUACAAGAUGCAUAGCUCCACUGGAGGCGGGUUUUGUGACUGUGGGGAUACAGAGGCAUGGAAGGCUGGACCGUUGUGUACUAGACAUGAGCCUGGAGCAUCAGGUUCUGCAAAAGAAAAUUCUGAAUGUCAGUUGAACGAAGAAAUUAUGGAGCAUUCUAGGAGGGUGUUUCCUUCUGUGAUAAAAUACAUUGUAGAUAUGCUUAUAUGGGAAGAAGAGAAGGAACUGCCUCCAGAGCUCACAGUUAGUAGAGAGAAGGUGGAUAGCUACUACUGUGUCCUUUUCAAUGAUGAACAUCAUUCUUACGAUCAUGUCAUCUAUAGCCUGCAAAGGGCACUUGGCUGCGAACUCGGUGAAGCCCAGUUGCAUACCACUGCCAUAGAUAAAGAGGGUCGUAGAGCUGUUAAGGCAGGACAUUAUGUCUCUUGUCAGGAAGCAAAAGAAGAAAUUAAGAGGCAUUCUGAAAAUGUUUCUCAGCGACCACUUCACGUGGAGGUUCUCCAUGCUGAUGUUAUGGCUCACCAAAAGUUUGCCUUGCGCCUGGGUUCUUGGCUGAACAAACUCAUGAGCUAUUCAAGUGACUUUCGCCAGAUCUUCUGUCAGAUAUGUCUCAAAGAAGAAGCUGGAUCUGGAAAGCCCUGCUUCAUAAGCAAGUUGAUGCUAUGGGAUGCAAAACUUCAUAAAGGGGCAAGGAAGGUUCUUCAUGAACUUAUCUUCAGUAGUUUUUUCAUGGAAAUGGAAUACAAAAAACUCUUCGCUGUGGAAUUUGUAAAGUAUUACAAGACAUUGCAAAAAGAAUAUAUCAAUGAUGAUCAUGACAGAGUUCUCUCUGUGACAGCGCUCUCGGUUCAGAUGUUCACUGUACCUACUCUGGCCCGACAUCUUAUUGAAGAGCAAAAUGUUAUCACCACCAUUACAGAGACGCUUCUAGAAGUGCUUCCGGAGUACCUAGACAAAAAUGACAAAUUCAACUUCCAAGGUUACAGUCAAGACAAACUGAACCGGGUAUAUGCAGUAAUAUUUGACCUCAGGUAUGUCUUAGUCAGCAAGCCUACGUUAUGGACAGACCGUCUGAGGGAGCGGUUUUUAGAAGGAUUUGUUUCUUUCCUAAGGAUUCUAACUUGCAUGCAGGGAAUGGAGGAGAUAAAAAGACAGAUUGGCCAGCACAUUGAGGUAGACCCUGACUGGGAAGCAGCUAUUGCUAUACAGAUGCAGCUCAAAAACAUUCUUUUGAUGUUCCAGGAGUGGUGUGCCUGUGAUGAAGAGCUGUUGCUCAAGGCCUAUAGUGAAUGUCAUAAAGCUGUGAUGAGAUGCAGCACCAAUGGCCGCUCACGGGAGAAGACAGUGUUUCACUUGUGUGGCCACACUCUGGAGAGCAGACCCUACAGAGUGUCUGCAGAUCCUGUCAGCAUACAUUUGCCUCUGUCUAGGACUCUUGCUGGUCUUCAUGUACGAUUAAGCAAGACUGGAGCCAUCUCAAGAUUGAAUGAGUUUGUUUCUCCUGAAGAAUUUCAAGUAGAGCUGCUAGUGGAGUAUCCUUUGCGAUGUCUUGUCUUGGUUGCUCAGGUUGCUGCAGAGAUGUGGAGAAGGAAUGGGCUCUCCCUGAUAAGCCAGGUAUUCUAUUAUCAAGAUGUUAAAUGCAGAGAAGAGAUGUAUGAUAAAGACAUAAUCAUGCUGCAGAUAGGUGCCUCUCUUAUGGAUCCAAACCAGUUCCUCCUGCUGAUACUACAGAGAUAUGAGCUUGCUGAUGCAUUCAGAAAGAUCAAGCCCACCAAAGAUCAGGAUUUGAUCAAGCAAUAUAAUGUGUUAAUAGAAGAGAUGCUACAGAUUCUCAUCUAUGUUGUGGGGGAAAGAUAUGUGCCUGGAGUGAGUAAUGUGACAAAAGAAGAUGUUACCAUGAGAGAAAUCAUUCAUCUGUUAUGUAUUGAACCAAUGGCUCACAGUGCAAUUACCAAGUCCUUGCCUGAAAACGAGAACAAUGAAACUGGCUUGGAGAAUGUAAUUGAUAAAGUGGCUACAUUUAAGAAACCAGGUGUGUCUGGCCAUGGAGUUUAUGAGCUGAAAGAUGAAUGCUUGAAGGAGUUCAAUAUGUUCUUUUAUCACUAUACUAAGACCCAGCACAGCAAGGCUGAACAUACACAAAAGAAAAGAAGGAAACAAGAAAACAGAGAUGAAGCACUGCCACCACCUCCUCCUCCAGACUUCAGUCCUGCAUUCAGCAAUGUGGUGAGGAUUCUGAACUGUGAUGUUAUGAUGCACAUACUGAGGACUGUUCUUCAAAGAGCAGUAGAGCUGGAAACCCACUUGUGGACUGAAGCUAUGAUCCAAAUGGUGCUACACCUCCUUUCUUUAGGGUUACUAGAAGAGAAACAGCAGUUACAGAAGUCCCCAGAAGAAGAAGUAACCUUUGAUUUCUAUCACAAAGCAACACGAAUGGGAAGCUCAGCCAUGAAUGCUGUGAAUGUGUUAAUGCUUCUGGAAAAAUUAAAGAGAGUUCCUCAGCUAGAGGCACAAAAGGACACAGUCAAUUGGAUUCUGCAGAUGUUUGACACAGUGAAAAGAUUGAGAGAAAAGUCUAGUUUGACAACAGUAGCACCUGCUUCAGGCUCAGAAGCUACAAAAGUUGAUGAGACACAGAGCAGUCAGGAUAAAGAGAAAGCUGAGCGAAAGAGAAAGGCAGAAGCUGCCAGGCUGCACCGUCAGAAGAUAAUGGCCCAGAUGUCUGCACUGCAGAAGAAUUUCAUUGAAACCCAUAAGCUACUAUAUGAAAACACACUGGAGGCACAUGGGAAAGAAGAUGCCAUUAUGGAGGAAGAAAGCGUGUCUUCAGCAAUUGAUUGCUCCAAAAUUGCUUUGGGUCCCAAACGAGGUCCAUCUGUUGCUGAGAAAGAAGUUUUGACUUGUAUUCUUUGUCAGGAGGAGCAGGAAGUAAAGCUGGAAAGUUCUGCCAUGGUAUUAUCUGCCUGUGUCCAGAAAUCAACUGCCUUAACUCAGAACAGGAGCAGAGUUCUUGAACUCUCAGGGGAUACACUAGAUCCUCUCUUCAUGCACCCUGACUUACCCUGUGGGACCCACACAGGAAGCUGUGGUCAUGUGAUGCAUGCAGCCUGCUGGCAGAAGUACUUUGAAGCAAUGCAGCUGAACUUCCGACAACGUCUGCAUGUUGAACAGAUAUUUGACUUGGAGAAUGGAGAAUAUCUUUGUCCACUUUGCAAAUCUCUUUGCAAUACUGUGAUUCCUAUUGUUCCACUGCAGGCACAAAAAAUAAACAGUGAGGAUGCAGAGGCAGUUGCUCAAAUUCUGUCCCUGGCGAGGUGGCUGGAGAUUGUCAUAGUCAGGAUAUCAGGCUACAGUGUGAAAAAUGCUAAAGGAGAGAAACAAAGCAUUGCAGCUCUUGCUGACAAGGGGAUGGGGAACUCUGCUUUGGAAUUCCAUUCCAUCCUUAGUUUCGGCGUUCAGUCCCUAGCCAAAUACUCAAGCAGUAUCAAGGAGAUGCUUAUUCUCUUUGCCACCACUGUUUAUAGAGUUGGGCUGAAAGUUGCUCCAAAUGAAGCUGAUAACCGGAUUCCUGUGAUGACCUGGAGCACAUGUGCUUUUACCAUCCAGUGUAUAGAAAACCUCUUGGAAACAGAGGACAAACCUUUAUUUGGAUCUCUGCAAAAUAGACAGCACAGUGGCCUUAAAGCAUUAGUACAGUUUGCAGCUGCUCAGAGAACAACAUCACCACAGGUCUUGAUUCAGAAACAUCUGAUUCGUCUUCUAGGAGUUCUUCUACCAAACUUUAAAGUGGAGGACACUCCAUCCCUCUUAGAAGUAGAUAUGUUCCACGUUUUGGUGGGAGUUGUGUUAUCCUUUCCAUCUUUGUACUGGGAGGAUGCUGUAGACUUGCAGCCUUCAUCAAUUAGUUCAGCCUAUAACCACCUCUACCUCUUCCAUCUGACAACACUGGCACACAUAACACAAAUCGUUGUCUCUUCAGCAACAGAAUCCCGUUCUGCUCAAUCACCUGACAACAGUGAGGAGGCACGGUCUGCACAGUCUUUCUGUAGAGAGAUUUGCCAGUACACCAGUGGUUGCUUUAGUCAGGAUAUUCCAGGCCAGCUGGUGUGGGAUUGUGUUAAAAAAGGCAUUAUGCCUUACCUCCGUUGUGCUGCUUUAUUUUUUCAUUAUCUGCUGGGAGUUUCUCCACCUGAGGAACUGCUACAAGUUUCUGAAGAAGAGCAAUUCAAGGCACUUUGUACUUACCUCUCUCUACCUACCAAUUUGUUCAUGCUCUUCCACGAAUACUGGGACACAGUAAACCCACUGCUUCAAAGGUGGUGUUCUGACCCGGGGGUGUUAAGUUGUUUGAAGGGGAAAAGCAUUGCAAUAAGGUAUCCUAGGAAAAGAAAUAGCUUAAUAGAGCUUCCUGAAGACUAUAGCUGCCUCUUGAACCAAGCCUCUCAGUUUAGAUGCCCACGGUCUUCUGAUGAUGAACAGAAACAUCCAGUAUUGUGCUUAUUCUGUGGGGCUAUGUUGUGUUCCCAGAAUACUUGCUGUCAAGAACUGGUGAAUGGGGAGGAGUUGGGAGCCUGUACUUCUCACGCUCUUCAGUGCGGAGCUGGAGUCUGUAUGUUUCUCAAAAUCAGGGAAUGCAGAGUUGUCCUCAUUGAAGGUAAAACCAGGGGCUGCUUAUAUCCUGCUCCCUACUUGGAUGAAUAUGGAGAAACAGAUCCAGGUCUGAAAAGAGGCAAUCCUCUGCACUUAUGUCGGGAGCGUUACCGGAAGCUCCAUCUGCUAUGGCAGCAACACUGCAUCAUAGAGGAGAUUGCCAGGAGCCAGGAAACAAAUCAGAUCUUCUUUGGAUUCAACUGGCAACUGCUCUGA